AUGGUGAGACCUAAGACUAGGGGAAUGAAGAAGCAGAUGCGUAGCGACGAAGUCGAAGAAAUCAGUCUCCUGAAAGAGUGGAUCGAAUCUCAGAAACCGGAUUCUGGAUCCAAUCCACUCUCAUUCGGUCCUCUCCCCAAGGAUGCAAAGAUCGGGAAGCUCGAAGACGGCAAAAACGGCGCCGUUUUCUCGCGCUACGCCGGCGUCAGGAAGUUCAAUCAGUUACCGAUAUCGGAUAAAACGAAAAGGGGAUUGAAAGAUGCGAAAUUCGUUGAUAUGACCGAUGUUCAGAGAGCUGCUGUGCCUCACGCUCUAUGCGGAAGAGAUAUUCUCGGUGCGGCGCGAACUGGGUCUGGCAAAACUCUUGCUUUUGUUAUUCCGAUCCUGGAGAAGCUACACAAGGAGAGAUGGAGUCCUGAAGAUGGAGUGGGAUGUAUAAUUAUAUCUCCAACAAGGGAAUUGGCAGCUCAAACUUUCAGUGUGUUGAAUAAAGUAGGGAAGUAUCAUAAGUUCAGUGCUGGGCUCUUAAUUGGUGGGCGUGAAGGAGUUGAUGUUGAGAAGGAGCGAGUGAAUGAUAUGAAUAUUUUGGUAUGUGCUCCUGGUAGGCUUCUUCAGCACAUGGAUGAGACCCCAAACUUCGAGUGUUCACAGCUCCAGAUUCUGAUUUUGGAUGAGGCCGACCGCGUUCUUGAUGCUGCGUUCAAAGGGCAGUUGGAUCCCAUUAUCUCGCAGUUGCCUAAGCACAGGCAAACUUUGCUUUUCUCUGCGACGCAAACAAAGAAAGUCAAGGAUCUAGCAAGACUGAGUUUGAGAGAUCCUGAGUACAUCAGUGUACACGAAGAGUCUGUUACAGCCACGCCAACUAGCUUAAAGCAGACUGUCAUGAUUGUCCCAGUCGAAAAGAAGUUAGACGUGUUAUGGAGCUUCAUCAAAACCCAUCUUAAUUCCAGGAUUCUUGUUUUUCUCUCCACCAAGAAACAGGUCAAAUUUGUUCAUGAAGCAUUCAACAAGCUCCGGCCUGGAAUACCUUUAAAGAGCCUUCAUGGGAAAAUGAGUCAGGAGAAAAGGAUGGGAGUGUACGCUCAGUUCAUUGAGAGACAAUCAGUUCUUUUCUGCACCGACGUUCUUGCUAGAGGUCUUGAUUUUGAUAAGGCUGUGGACUGGGUUGUUCAGGUGGAUUGUCCUGAAGAUGUAGCUUCUUAUAUCCACCGAGUUGGCCGCACAGCUCGUUUCAAUACUUCAGGGAAGUCGCUCCUCUUUCUGACACCUUCGGAGGAAAAAAUGAUUGAGAGAUUACAAGAAGCUAGAGUGCCUGUAAAACUCAUCAAGGCAAACGACGAAAAGUUGCAGGAGAUUUCUAGACUCUUGGCUGCUUUGUUAGUCAAGUUUCCAACUCUUCAAGAUGAUGCUCAGAGAGCCUUCAUCACAUAUCUGAGGUCCAUUCACAAAAGAAGAGAUAAGGAGAUUUUCGACGUGUCUAAGCUGUCGAUCGAAAACUUCUCUGCUUCACUUGGUCUACCAUUGACUCCUAAAAUCCGAUUCAAAAACCUUAAAACGAAGAAGAAAGGAGUCUUUGAGAGUUCAAUAGCUCUGGAACCAGAGGAUGAUCAAGAUAAUGACACACCUUCUGUUGUCGAAAAGGAUCUUCUUGGUGAAGAUUUAGAUGAAGAAGAUUUUGCUCUCAAGCCACGUCAAGUGGGCAAGGAAGGUGAAAAAUCAACCAAAAACGAAGAAGUUCCCAUGCCAGGAGCUCGUGUUUCGUCGAAGAAGAAGAUGCCGAAGAUCAAUCUCCACAGACCAAUUGGGACCAGGAUUGAGUAUGAUGAGGACGGCAACCCAGUGGCUCCCUUCGCAAAAGUAGCUGCCACAACAGAGACUGAAGUAGCCCUUGAUAAAGAGGCAGUGGAAAAUUUCCGUAGGAAAGUGGGGGAGCAACUGAGGAGGGUGGAUAAAGAGGACAAGGAAGUCGAGAAGAUAAAGAGGCGAGAAAAGAAAAUGGAAAAAAAGAUGAAGAGGAAGAGAGCCAUGGAGGAAGAGGAAGACGAAGAAGAAGAAGAAGGCCAUGAAGGAGGCUCUGGAUCGUCAUCAGAAGAAGAAAUAGGAGGAAAACGCAAAAGAGCGAAGAAAACCAACUCUGGUGAUGAAGGUGAAGAAAGGGAAGGAGGAAGAAUCAACACAGACUCUGUCUCCAUUGCUGAGCUUGAAGAAAUGGCUCUCAAAUUGAUAACGCAGUCGUGA